AUGUCUGAAGAUGAACCGGUCUACGGUUCACUUGACAUCCCAGCUAGGUCCAACAACCACGAUCAUCUAGAUGGUAGCUUUGCGGAGUCGGAGAUGGGGGGUCGACACAGAUCAUCCUCGUUCUCAAACCGAUUCCGCCAAGCCGGAGGUCCAAACAGCUUGGAUAACUUUGCCCGCUCCUGGCAGCGGGCUGCCGCCUUCCCAGAGGUCAUUCCACGACGGUCAUCGUUUGUCUCCACUAACGAAGAUGACGAUAUUGCCAUAGCAACUGGUCAAGACCACAGCUCGCACUCCACAUCUUGGGGUCGGUCCUGGGGUCGGAACUCUAACGCAGACCGACCUCUUUUGCGGGAUUCGGACUCCGAACAUGACGACGAUGAUUCCCGCGAGCCCACGAAACAUGCGCUUCCCAGUACUGGGCUACUUGCUAAUUCGUUUGAUCGCAGUUUCGCGGCUUCGUAUGGAUCAAUUUCCUCGCGAGUCAGUGACGCCGCUAGGAGAAAUGCCAUCCAAUUCCAUAGGGACCAACUCCCUAAGGCUCAUGUUGAUGGCUCCGAUAACCCAGAUAGGAGCCCGUUGUUGGUGAAGCAUAUUCAGCAUGAAGAUGGGACACAGGAGGAUGUUAUUGUGGGUCAAUCCACUGUCCCGCAGACGAUCUUCAAUUCGGUGAAUGUCUUGAUUGGGAUUGGGUUGCUGAGUUUGCCUUUGGCUCUUAAACAUGCUGGUUGGGUCUUUGGCUUGUUUUUCCUUGUCUUCUCGGCCGUAACUACCUCCUACACGGCCAAGAUUUUGGCCAAAUGUUUGGAUGUGGACCGGAGUCUCGUCACUUAUGCAGAUUUGGCAUACAUCAGCUUCGGGCAACAGGCUCGUUUGGUCAUCAGCUUCUUGUUCUGUCUGGAACUCCUAGGUGCUUGUGUGGCUCUAGUAGUGCUGUUUGCUGACAGUCUUUAUGCCCUGGUCCCCGGCCUGUCCAUUCUACAAUGGAAGAUUGUCUGUGGACUCGUGCUACUUCCGCUAAACUUCUUGCCGCUUCGAUUCCUGAGUAUCACUAGUAUCUUGGGCAUUAUAUCGUGCACUUCAAUCGUGAUCCUCAUUUGUAUCGAUGGUUUGAUUAAACCAAAUGCACCAGGAUCGCUACGCCAGCCGGCGAACACUUUCAUGUUCCCGGAGAACUGGGCGACUUUCCCUUUGAGCUUUGGUCUUAUUAUGUCUCCAUGGGGUGGACAUGGUGUGUUCCCAAACAUCUACAGAGACAUGAGACACCCUCAGAAAUACAGCAAGAGUCUCUGGGUGACCUAUCUAUUUACCUUUACUCUGGACUGCUCAAUGGCAAUCAUUGGCUGGCUGAUGUUCGGUGAUGUUGUGCGUGAUGAAAUCACCGCAAACAUUCUCACAAUCACCGACUAUCCACAGUCUAUAUCCGUUGGAAUUAUAGUCUUUAUCGCAAUCAUUCCUCUCGCAAAAGUGCCAUUGAACGCCCGUCCUCUUGUCGCUACAUUCGAAGUGCUUUGUGGACUUGGAGGUGUCCAUUUGCCAGCUGAAAACGGCUCUGAGAAGAUGCAGAAAAUAGGCCGCGUGUUGGUUCGUGUCUUCGUCGUAGUUGGGAUUGUCGUUUUGGCGGUCAUCUUCCCAUCAUUCGACCGUAUCAUGGCUUUCCUAGGAUCUUUCUUGUGCUUCACGAUCUGUAUCAUCUUCCCUCUUGCGUUUUAUCUCAAGAUCUUUGGGAAAGAGAUCAGUCGCAGUGAGCGUAUUCUGGAUUGGACCCUGCUCAUUCUCUCCAGUAUAUUGGCAGCGGUGGGGACUGUCUGGGCCUUCUUGCCCCAAGAAAUGCUCACUGCAAACUAG